AUGCUCUCAACAGCCUCUCAUGCCGCCCCGUCAUUUGCCUACAUCGACCCUGCACAUUCUCAGGACCCGUCAGUACUCACAACACCGAGCGAUAUUCCGCCGGCACUCAGGGAAGAACUAGAGAGUGCACUCAGGGUAGACCAGGCCGGAGAGCUCGCUGCAAAUUGGAUCUACAAAGGACAACAUGACGUGCUGGGUCGGGAUCCAGCCACAGGACCUCUCAUCCAGGAUAUGUGGGACCAGGAGAAGAAGCAUCUCGCCGUGAUGAACAAGCUGCAAAUUCAGCAUGGUAUACGACCUACACUCCUCUGGGAGUUCGCCCGCCUUGGCGGGUACGGUCUCGGGGCUAUCACCGCUCUGAUGGGGAAAGAAGCAGCAAUGGCUUGCACGGAGGCAGUCGAGACAGUCAUUGGCGAGCAUUAUGACGACCAACUGAAGGCCUUCGAGCAGCUACCUGCGGACCAUCCCAGUGUGCCGUUGUUAAAGGGAGUGAUCAGGGAAUUCAGGGAUGAUGAGUUGGAGCACCUGGACAUUGCGGUAGAAAACGACUCGCAGAAAGCGCCUGCACAUGCACUCCUGAGCACGGUGGUAGGCGCAGGGUGUAAGGUCGCCAUUGAGUUGUGCAAGAGGUUCUGA